AUGCAGAUGCUUGUGGUGUUGUCACUAGCUGGUUUGUUGAUUCCAUUGUGGAUCAAAAGGGUUGCAGGAAUUGAAAAUGAAGUCAAGUUUAUUGCCAACAACAUCAAUCAAGAAUUACUCUCUGGAGUUCAGAGAACAGCUGCAUUGUUCUCUCCUAUUAAUGCAUCAACCAUAAACUUAGCGCGAAUGUUAAAAUCGUCUUUGGGUAAAAAUGACAGUCGUCACCACUCCAAGGCUGAAUCAAUGGUGGCCUCUACAUUAUUUCAAGCUUUAUGGACAAUUCCGAACCUAAGGCAGAUUUCUUACAUUGGGUUAGAUGGCUUUCUCUUCGCGUACUAUACCGACCAAGGGGAUCAACCUUAUGCAUUGUACUCAAAUUCUACAUUUUCUUCUACACAAAAUGACACAAAGAACUACACUUGGUACAUACAGCCUGUAAAUCGUGACACUGGAAAGUUAUACGGUGAAGCAAUUAAGUCUGCUCCAUCAGCAGUAGUUAACUCAAGCUGGUUUCAAGAAGCAUUGAAGAGUACAAACGGAUAUGCCUCAGUAGGGACCGGGUGGGCCAAUUCUCAAGAUCUUCUAUUGCUUAGUACUGCUGCUAUUGAUGGAGGAAGUGCCGCUUCUUCAGGGUAUUCGAUGAAAUCUCUUAUCGACUUCUUGAUUGGUCAAACAGCCUUUUAUAAUGGAAGCUUGUAUUUGGCUACAAAGGAUGGGAAUGUGCUGACUCAAGGAAUUCCAAACACUCGUAUGAUCUUAGCUGACAAUAAAGUUUCCUUUCAGUUACUAGGACAUGACGGUGAUCGAGAUAGUGCAGUGGGAAGCAUUACGUGCCAAUCCCACGACGCUGAGUCUAUAGACACUACAUUAAGCAUCAGGGGCAGGAAGUAUGUGAUUAAUUGCUCACCUGUUGAAAUUGCAGGACUUCAACUGGUAUACGUGUUGGCACUGCCACACAACGGAUUGUCAAGCUUGAUUCACAAGAACAUCAGAUUGGCAUUUGUUCUACUCAUGUUGAUGAUUUGUGGUAUGGUGAUUACAACAUGCACUUUCGUGUAUAUGAUUGUUGAAGCGGCGAGAAGGGAGAUGUAUUUAUGUGGUGCACUGAUAAACCAAAUGGAAGCAACCCAACAAUCAGAAAGGAAAAGCAUGAACAAAAGUCUUGCUUUUGCAACUGCAAGCCACGACGUCCGUGCUUCUUUAGCAGGCAUCACAGGUCUGAUAGAAAUAUGCCGGAGUGAAGUUUCUAAAAGGGAACCCUUACAAUCAGAGUUGCUGACAAAUUUACUGCAGAUGGAAGCUUGUACGAGGGAUCUUUUAGGCAUAUUGAACUCCAUUCUGGAUACAAGUAAGAUAGAAGCCGGAAAGAUGCAGCUCGAGGAGGAAGAAUUUGAUAUAGAACAGCUACUAGAAGAUGUGGUUGAUCUGUAUCAUCCUGUUGGUAUGAAGAAAGGGGUGGAUGUAAUACUGGAUCCAUAUGACGGCUCUAUCACUAAAUGUUCUCAUGUUAGAGGUGACAGGGGCAAACUAAAACAGAUUUUGAGCAACUUAUUGAGUAAUGCUGUGAAAUUUACAUCUGAAGGGCAUGUGACAAUUCGAGCAUGGGCAAGAAAAUCGAGUCUUGAAAAUGAAAUACUUGCUUCCAAUCAAGAAAACUCAAUGAGUUGUUUAUGUUACUUGUUGUUUAAGAGUGAAAGAGCAUACACUGAAUCAGAAGUUGUGAAUACUAUCCAAAGGGAUCCAAAUCACAUGGAAUUUGUAUUUGAGGUGAAUGACACUGGAAAAGGGAUUCCAAAGGAGAAGCAAAAAUCUGUUUUUGAAAACUAUGUUCAAGUCAAAGAGACGACACUUGGGCUAGAAGGCACUGGUUUAGGUCUUGGCAUUGUUCAAUCCCUGGUUCGUUUGAUGGGUGGAGAGAUAGGAAUUGUGGAUAAAGAAAUUGGCAAAAGAGGAACUUGCUUUAGAUUUAACGUGUUCUUCUUCAGUACAUGCGAGCCACAUGCUUCAACUCAUGCAAGAACAACUGAUAUUGAGGCCAUCUCAAGCGAUUCUUUUCAGCACUCUGGGUCUAUUUUCCGUAUUCACAGCCCCAAUACUGAAUGGUCCCAAGUCAUACUCUUCACUCAAAGUGAUAAAAGGAGUAAUAUUUUGCAAAGUUUCAUGCAGAGACUUGGAAUAAAAGUGCAUGUUGUCAAGAAACAUGAACAACUUUCUCCAAUCCUCAAGAGAAUCAAGCAAAAGCUGAACCUAUCCCACCAUAGCUCGUCGAGGAAGUCUGAGGGAAGUUCAAGAAGUGAUGAGCACACAUCACGGGCGUCUAGUACACGAUUCAAGGAAAUUCCUCUGAGCACCUUGGAUGGUAUGGACAAUAUUUUACCCUCUCUAAAGAAACCUAAUGUGUGGGGUGGUACAUUUGCGUUCAUUUUGAUCGUGAUUGACACAAGUAGAGGCCUGUUUAGAGAGAUCAGCAGGGCUGUGGCUGAAUUUAGAAUGGACCUUAAUGACAAAUGUUGUUGUAGGGUUGUUUGGCUGGAUAGACCAGAUAUGAGCAACACAAAUUUUCAAGGUGUCGAUGAAGAUAAACUACCUGCAUCGGAUUUGGUCAUCAAGAAGCCAUUCCAUGGAUCCCGUUUGUACGAAACUAUUAGGCUUUUGCCUGAAUUCGGUGGGAUGCCACCAAGAACAGGAGAAUCCUCACAUACUGUUGGAAAGUUUAAUGUUAGAAACAUUAAUACUCUUGAAGCCAGCACGUCGUAUGUGGUAGGUAACAGAAAGCCAUUGAUGGGGAAAAAAAUCUUGGUGGCUGAUGAUGAUCUUAUAGGAAGAAAAAUAGCCGAGCAUGUGGUCUCACAGCUCGGUGCAAAUAUAGUUUCAUGUGAAAAUGGGGAAGAAGCUUGGAGGCUAGUCUGCAGAAAUCUCAUCAAUGAUGGAACAAAUGGUGCUGGAGUUUCCAAGCUUUCAAUACCUUUUGAUUGUAUCCUAAUGGACUGUCAGAUGCCAAUGAUGGAUGGGGUUGAAGCAACUAGGAGAAUCAGAGAAGUGGAGAAAAGAUAUGGUGUUCACACACCAAUCAUAGCAUUAACAGCGCACGACAAGGGAGAGGAGAUGAAGAAGAUGAUUGAGGUUGGCGUAGAUGAUUAUGUAACCAAACCACUCAAUAGAGAUAAUUUUUUGAAAGCCAUAUCUCAGCUAAUCAUCAAAACAUGA